UGGAAGUCAUAAACAACAACUUCCGAUCAGUGAUCACUGAUCAUAUGUCAUAGAUUAACUCACAACUGUCACUGAUUGUUGAUCACGUUGUCUAAAGACCGGUUGUAGCAAAACUCCAGAGUACCUGGAAUUAGUAAAUUAUUUCCUGAAGAACAGAGAUGUCUGGAAGGGAAGGAGGAAAGAAGAAGCCGUUGAAGGCCCCUAAAAAAACUCAGGCUGAAUUGGACGACGACGAUCUAGCUCACAAACAAAAAAUGAAGGAACAACAAAAAGCGCUACAAGAAGCAAAAGCUAAAGCUUCUCAAAAAGGACCUCUUGUCAGUGGAGGAAUCAAGAAAUCUGGAAAAAAGUGAUCAAAGAUUGAUUAUUUUUAAUUUUGAAUGUAAAUAAAUGGAAUUAACAAAUUUUGUCACUGAAUAUAAAUUUAUUAUGGUAAA